CCCCUUUAAGAUCCGGGUCCUUCCUGCUCACGAUGCCAGCAAAGUGCGGGCCAGCGGUCCUGGACUCAACGCCUCGGGCAUCCCUGCCAGCCUGCCAGUGGAGUUCACCAUCGAUGCCCGUGACGCUGGUGAAGGGUUGCUCACCGUACAGAUCCUGGACCCUGAGGGCAAACCCAAGAAGGCCAACAUUCGGGACAACCGAGAUGGGACCUAUACAGUCUCCUAUGUCCCGGACAUGACGGGCCGCUACACCAUCACCAUCAAAUACGGCGGCGAUGAAAUCCCCUACUCGCCUUUCCGCAUCCACGCCUUGCCGACUGGAGAUGCUAGCAAGUGCCUGGUGACAGUGUCCAUCGGAGGCCACGGAUUGGGAGCGUGCCUUGGUCCCACCAUCCAGAUUGGAGAGGAGACGGUGAUCACGGUGGACGCCAAGGCAGCUGGGAAGGGCAAAGUGACCUGCAAGGUCUCUACGCCUGAUGGGGCCGAGCUGGAUGUCGACGUGGUGGAGAACCAGGACGGCACCUUUGACAUCUAUUACACGGCUCCCGAGCCUGGGAAAUACGUCAUCACCAUCCGUUUCGGAGGCGAGCAGAUCCCCAACAGCCCCUUUCAUGUGGUGGCCACGGAUGAGCCCGUUGCCCCGCCGGAGAGCGUGGAUGCCAUGCUGCGGCCUUUCAACCUGGUCAUCCCCUUCGCCGUGCAGAAAGGAGUUAUCACAGGGGAGGUCAGGAUGCCUUCAGGCAAGACGGCGUGUCCACACAUCACCGACAACAAGAAUGGGACGGUGACGGUGAAAUAUGCCCCCACAGAGAAGGGGCUGCAUGAGAUGGACAUCAAAUAUGAUGGCAACCACAUUCCAGGGAGCCCCCUCCAAUUUUACGUGGAUGCUAUCAACGCCCGCCACGUUAGUGCCUACGGACCAGGGUUGAGCCACGGCAUGGUCAACAAACCUGCGACCUUCACCAUUGUCACCAAGGACGCCGGCGAAGGAGGCCUGUCCCUGGCUGUGGAGGGCCCGUCCAAAGCCGAAAUCACCUGCAAGGACAAUAAAGAUGGCACCUGCACUGUUUCCUACCUCCCCACGGCUCCCGGCGACUACAACAUUAUUGUCCGCUUCGACGACAAGCACAUUCCUGGCAGCCCCUUCACUGCGAAGAUCACAGGUAGCCCUUCUGCUCUCUCUACCCCAACCU